UCUAUUCUGACCGUAGAAGAAGAAGCAGCAGCACUGUGAGAGGCAGCAGGAGGACUGGAGCAAACCCAGCAGUCUCAGCCUCAUGCUUCAUCCAGGGCACUUCUCCUCCUCCUGUCCGCUGUCGAGACAAUUGUAAUGAUAUUUAUUUAUAAUAUUAAGCCAAAGAUAUAAGAAUAAUAAAAAAAAGGAGAGGAGGGGGAGAAGGGGGGCCGAGUCAUGGAGCUUUAUUGCCUGGAGUCGGACAUAUCUGUGAAAGCCAAGCCUGACCCAAACAUCCUCUAUGAUGACAGAGUGCUGCAAAGUUUAUUAACUAUUGAGGAAAGGUUUUUACCUCAGUGCUCGUAUUUCCAGCGGGUCCAGAAGGAUAUUCAGCCUUAUAUGAGACGAAUGGUUGCAGGUUGGAUGCACGAGGUGUGUGAAGAGGAGAAGAGUAAUGAAGACGUCUUCCCUUUAGCCAUUAACUAUUUGGACCGAUUUUUAGCGGUGGUGGUCACACGAAAGAACUAUCUCCAGCUCCUGGGGGCCGUGUGCAUUUUCCUGGCUUCAAAGUUAAAGGACCACAGGCCGCUGUCAGCAGAGAAGCUCUGCAUGUUCACAGACAACUCCAUCACACCACGGGAACUGCUGGAGUGGGAACUGGUCGUGCUGGGGAAGUUGAAGUGGAACAUGGCGUCGGUCAUCCCUAAUGAUUUUAUAGAGCACAUCGUACGCAGGCUGCCCCUUCCUAAAGACAAGCUGGGGAUGGUGCGAAAACACACGCAGACAUUCAUCGCCCUCUGUGCCACAGAUGACCGCCUCGCUAUGAAUCCUCCUUCCAUGAUCGCCACAGGCAGCAUGGGAGCCGCCAUCUGCGGCCUGCAGCUGGACCACGCCGACCAGAGGCUGAGUCGAGAUAACCUGACGGACCUGCUGGCCAAGAUCACCAACACAGAGGUGGACUGUUUGAGAGCUUGCCAGGAGCAAAUAGAGCGUGUGCUGGCCACCAGCCUGCAGCAGGGCCAGCAGUGCCGUCAGGAGUCGGUGAUCCGAGCGGGCAACAAGGCGAGGGAGCAGCAAGACCAGUCAAGCACCCCCACAGACGUACGGGACAUCAACUUAUGAAACCGCCCGGCUCUCACACACACACACACCACUCAUGGCAGUCAACCAAUGAACUAACAGGAGCUAAAGGAGGGGGGCGUGGUCUGCCAGUACCAGGACGCGACAUGAGUGAUGGUGUGACAAUCGAUGAACUUUUAGAUGAUAAGAAAUUUCUAGUUUUUUCUCCUUCGUUGCCCCGUUCAUACAUGGCUGGGUGUACUUUCAUGUAAUCCUACGAGCUAUUUAAGAAAUCGUUAAAAACUUGAUAGUGCCUAAGGUCUCCCAGAACGGGAACCUGAAUAUAUUUUCAUACUUGAAAAAAAAAAUAGCAUAAUUUUGUGAAAUAUACAUAUUUCCUUUGAUACAACCUAGCAUAAAAUUAUAUUAAAGUUAAUGUAUAUUUAGCUAGCAUUUAGUUAUGUUACUCUUUUAUCAUCUUUAGCGAGCAGUUAUCAAUCCACAGAUCGAUCGAUCAAGUUUUAUUCUCAACUCUGAUUCAGACGCAUUUUUUUUUCCUUGCGAGAUCUUCUCACAGCAGUGAUUUUAAAAAGAUGAUAUCACAGUACAUGGCAUUUAAACCAAGCUGAUAUCCAACCAGAGGAGUGCUACUGUAGCUAGCUGCGACCUCUCUAUGUAUCAUACUGUGCACCUGUAGCACUAAUAACUAUUUAUGCUGAAAAAAAGCAGAGGCCGGGAGUGGGCUGGGCCCGCUCACAGAGGAACGAGCAUGAGAAGGGCUGUGAGGUCUUGAGCGGAGGUUACUGUAAGAUAUGAACAGAGGAGACUUUUGACCGUCUUGAUUUCACUGCUACAUCCACAGUUUGUUCAAAAAAGGAUCAUAUGCACAUGUAUUGUCAUUCAGAUAGGCUACAUUAUUGUUGUUCUGUUCUUGCUCUGGCUUGUUAAAGAGUGAUUCAACGGUUUGAUGGAUGGUUCGCAGAGGAGUUUGAGCUCAGCUGAGCAGUUUUGACGUCGUGUCAGAAGAGGAAAAAGGAUGAUUUUGCAAGUUUGAGAGGAAAUGAGCGCAGUUCUGAGGAUUUUUCAGGAGUCAUUUUGAGGAAAAGAAACGCAUGUGGAAGUGGGGGAAGUCUGGAUUGUUUGUUGAUAGCGAAACAGCGAGGGAAGUUAACUUAAGCUAUAUAACGUUUCUGCAGUUGCAAGAUACUUGAGUGACACACAGGCGGAAGAGGAGGAGGAGGAGGAGGAGGAGGAGGAAUCCCUGAUGAGGUUUCUCCUGUUAUCAUUUUGUCAUGAUUAUUUUUUUUUUAUUUGAGAGUGGGCGGCUUGGAACAUUAUCGAUGCACUUUUAAAAACACACUCCUUAAGAUUGGUAAGGGGAUGGUGGUUGAGUAGAGUUCAGUGGGGUUGUUAGGGUCAUUUUGAAAUUCUUUUUUUUAAGUUAUUUGAUUUUUUUCGGGCUGGAUUCCCAUGGGGUAACGCACAUUGUCUUGAAAGCUACGCCCCGAUAGGUAAGUAGAGGUAGGAUAAUUGGUGUAAUAGUUUAAACUAAGAAAAGCCGAGUCGCUUGUAGACUUCGUUUUUUUUUCUUUUUUUUGUUCAUACGAUUAUUUAACCUUGAACUUGAAUUUUUUCUUUAUCCAUAGCCAAAACCUUCCAACAGUUCUUUAAAGAGUUAAGAACAUAUUGUCUCCUACAUAUACUCUUCCUUGUUUUGCUCUUUUGAUGUAAGCGUCUUUCUGAUCUGAAGUUUUUUUUUCUUUCGUUGUACAUUCGUAGGUUUCGGGUUUACACGGUGGGAAAGUGUGACUGUAUAUUACCAAUUCUUCCAUGUGCAGAAAUCCUCAUUACGUUUUAGAAAAGAAAUGUAGUUUCUAAAUUGUAUUUGUGCAUGUUCUGUUCUGUUGUCCAAAAGCCAAAUGUUUCUCCGUAAAAAAAAAAAUGCUUUAAACAGAAAAAAAUGUUUAUGCUUUUAAGGGUUUGUGUAUAAUUACAAAAGAGAUAAUUCCAAAGUGACAAAACUAGAUUAUACACAUCAUUCUCUUGCUGCUAUGAAGCUUUUUCUUUUCUAGUCUUACACAAAGAUGCCUUAUUGUGAUUCACUUGUGUGCUGCUAUAUUAUGAAAUGUCAGAUAUGUAACAAGUCUUUUUUUUUUUUUUUUUUGCUUCUCUGUUGUAUGUGUACGUCACAGUUUGGUGCGGGACUGGAAGUACUCGUGUUUAUUGAUCUGUUUGAUUAGCAUGUUUUAUUCUUUUAUUGUUUCAUUUGUAUCUUUAUAUUCUAUCAUACUCUUGCUGCUUCUUUGUUAUGUUCGUGUACCUCAGGUUAAUUUGGAUGGAUAGAGCGAGCGCUCAUCUCGCAUUACCUCAUCAAAACUUCACAUCACACACGUUGUUUUCACUCUGAAUUUAUUGGACGGGUUUCACUUUUUUUUCUGUCUGGAUGAGAGGAAAGAAGGUGCUUCUUCUCUUGAAAUCAAACAAUGUCUUCCACUGUGCAUUUAUGAGUGCCUAUACUAUAAUAUAGGGUACUUCAUAUAGGUAAGUCAAGAAGCAGCCUGUGCUGUAUGUUAUACGUGUAACAGAAAGACAAAAAAAAAAUGUUGUUUUUUUUCCUUCUUGGGAGUUUCAUCAGCAAGUUUUGAUCGGUUCAUUGGAGUCAAAUGAAAUGUUUAUUUUUUGAGGUACCCAUUUGGUCGAAUUUUAAACCACAGGAAUGUUUUGUCAUUGUUCAGUGUGGUUGUUAUUCCAAACUCCUCUCCCACGAUUCCCAUGUGCAACCACACAGCGUACCUCAAAUAUUUCUCAUCAAUAAAAUUGGCCAAAAUCA